AUGCGUGCAUUGGCGUGCGCACUAACAGCGCUUUUGUGCUUUGUCACAACAGCUUUCAUCGUAGGUCCACGAAGACUCCCUCGCUUCCUUGAUGCCAAUAACACUGUCACCAUCUCCUUGCCUCAGGAACUGUUUGUCGAUCUCCCUAACACAUUUAUUGUUCGCUCACUCAAACCCCUCUCCAACGUUGUGGUUUACAUGACAACUUAUGGGCUCAACACGCAGAAUGUCGGUCUGGUGAAUUUCGACCAAUUGCAUGUGAACAAAUGCAGAGAUGACGACAUGUACACCUACCACUUGAAGUACUUUGUGCCGAUUGAGCUGAAACCUGGCACCCGAAUCAAUCUCAAUGUCACCUACCUCUACUGCCCGUCUAAUACCUGCAAGGAUGCAGACGAAGUGACAGCUGGGAAUGUUGACAGGUCUGUUCAAAUAGUGAGCCGAUUUGCUGUGAUUAUGGGGGAGACUGAUAAGCCACUCUACCGACCUGGUGAUCAGGUGAGAUUGCGCUUCCUUGCACUUACUAGUCGUACCAUCUUGCCGCAAACUGAACCGCUUACAUGGCCAAGAUAUCGUGCUGUUGGUGAGUACUGGGAAGAGAAGAGGCUCGAAAUCAUAGAGCCAAGUGAACGCGAGAGACGGAUGAAAGCACCGUUCUUUGAUUGCAUUGAAAUAAAGGACCCACUUGACAAUAUUGUACAGCAGUGGAAGGAUGUCAAACCAUUGGAAGCUCUCAAUCUGACCUACCAUCUCAUUAGUGACGCCAUGGAAGGUGAAUGGAAAAUAGAGGCCCGUGUGAAGGAUGAAAGUGAGGAGAUAAGAUUCCAAGUGAGGCACUACGUUCAACCGCGGUUCCAGGCACACGUAGAGAUGCCGAAGGCCAUUCAGCCAGCAGAUGCGGAGAUAAUAUUCAAGGUGUGUGCUGCUUACACCAAUGGUCAUGCCAUGAUGGGCGCAUUUGAUGCUCAAAUCUGCGUCUGUAAUCAGAAUGUAUUGGAGCUCCACCAAACGUCAAAGCAGCUCAUACCGAAGAACCAAUGCCCUGGUUACCACAAUUCAAUCACGCGCACGUGUAUGCGCUUCAACGGUGUCAUAGACAGCCUCGCUUGCAGUACUAUUACAGCCAAUAUCUCACAACUGGUUGGGAGCCAACCACCAAGCUGGAUGGACAAACUUGGAGUGUUUGUAGAGAUCGUGGAAGAAGCUACCGGUUCCUCCAUUGUGGUCUCUGGCAUCACUACCUUCCGAAUGUGGCCCGAGCCCAAACUAGAGCUGAAGAUUCCCAGUUCGUUUAGGUACGGUAUCCCAAUCGCUGGUCAGGUGCUAUACAGAAGCGUCUCGAAUGAAAGAGAAGAAUUGGAAGUCAUUGUAAGGGAGGUAACUGAUCCUUGCGGUGGAUGGAUGAUGCUCGCUGAUAAUAAUCCGACUCGAUUGAAGCGAAUCAUCUCCGUCACACCAGGAAAAGAAGCACACAAUUUUGUGUUGCCACCGCUAAAUUUCAAGAAUAGCGCUUCAGUACUGGUGCGACGGAUUUGCAAGAGUAAUUGCACUGACGAGAAUUCAUCACCAAAAAUUAAUCAUCGCUAUUUCGGAUUGCUGUACUCCUUUGAUUAUGGCAACCGUCUAGCCUCAUGGAAUACCACAAUACAUGUGUUGGAGAGCUGUGAAUGCAAGGGCGUUUCUAAAGGUGCUUUUGGCCUCCUCGGUUCGUACAUCCAGCCAGGUGCAGUGAAUGUCGAUCUCGCAGAGCUUGAGGUAGUGACGCUUAAGGGUAUCGUCAAAGUAGCCCCACUGUUCAAAGAGAUGCUGGAGAUGAAGAUGAAGGAAAUGAGAGAGAAUGAGCAGGAGUUAUGGUGUGCCAGUAGAAAGCCCUUCUUUGUUCUUCUCCAGAAGCUUACGAGUCAGCAGAUAUGA